UUAUUCAUCGAAAGAACGCAACCGCAACCCUGCUGACAGAGGGUACGAAAAAAAGUUUGCGUUGCAUGCUGGAAUGGGAUGAGCAUGAUGAUGAUGGUGGUGGUGGUGGUGGUGAUGGUCAGCAGCUAAGUAGAUGGAGUUAUAACCGCAACUGGACUCGUUGCAUUUCAACCCUCACACAGCAACAACUGCCAUUGGCGGUCACACGGAGGUUUGUAGGUGGCAACACGGGGAUGGAAACGAUCCGUAACGCGGCGGCGGGCGACGGCGCCGGAAUCGGCCGCCAGUUCCAUUCGCACUGGGAGACGACGCGGCUGCUCAGUCCGACACCGACGUCCGGAAUGGGUCGACAUCGGCACAACAGCUUCCGUGUCGACGGAUCGACGAGGGAGCUCUUUUUCGCCAACUCCGGGGCCUGCUCGCCGAAUCCGGGUGUCGACCAAGCGUCGGACGAGCACAAUACCGAGACCAACAGCAAUAAUGCUCUCGAUCGCAGUUGAUUCGAUUACCCUUCUUGAAGAGCCAAAAAGAAAAAAACAAGAUCCUCUUUUCUAUGACCCGUGCUCAUUUUUUACAAGGAUAACUUUUAGUUUCCGUCUAUAAUUUCGUCUUGAGCUGUUGUGUGCCAGUCUAUAAAUUCACAUUCCAUUAGGCAUUUUUUUGAAACGUAUCCUCGUUUGAAAUGUUAUUUCCGUCUCCAUGUGUUGAUAUUUUUAAUCCGAUCUGUGGAAAUGAAGGUGCAUUGAACUAAGCAUUUUUUCAAC